AUGGCAGAGCUGCUGCAAGAAGCUGGGGUCUCGCCUUUGGCGGUCAGCCACUCGGCGAGAAUGCGGAGCGCCGUGGAUGAAGGAGACCCUCACGGUUACGGCGCCGUUGGCUUCGAAAUGGUCAAGUGGGAAUGGGUCCAUGUGCAAGGGCCAUAUCUGGUAGUAGUGUGGAUAUUGGUCGCCAGUUUGGCUAAAAUAUUGUUCCAUCUCUCAAGCAAGGUGACGACUGUGGUGCCAGAGAGCUGUCUGCUGAUUUUACUGGGUUUGGGCCUUGGGGGCAUUGUCCUUGCAGCAGCCAAGAAACCAGAGUACCAACUGGAACCAGACACAUUCUUUCUCUUUCUUCUACCACCAAUUGUGCUGGACUCUGGGUACUUCAUGCCAAGCAGACUGUUCUUUGACAACUUUGGAGCAAUUCUGAUGUAUGCAGUGAUUGGCACCCUCUGGAAUUCAUUUGCCACAGGAACGGCACUUUGGGGCAUAAAGUUAGCAGGUCUCAUGGAUCCUAAAGUAGAAGCUGGUUUGUUUGAGUUUCUGCUUUUUGGCAGUUUGAUAUCUGCAGUGGACCCUGUGGCAGUAAUAGCAGUUUUUGAGGAAGUCCACGUUAAUGAAACACUAUUCAUCAUUGUGUUUGGAGAGUCGCUGCUUAAUGAUGCCAUAACUGUUGUACUCUAUAAAAUGUUCAAUUCUUUUACGACCAUUGGUAUAGACAAUAUACAGGCUGUGGAUUACAUCAAGGGUUUAGGUUCAGUCUUUGUGGUGAGCUUGGGUGGAACUGCUGUAGGAAUUACCUUUGCCUUUCUGCUGGCCCUCAUCAGCCGUUUUACUAAGCGGGUCCGCAUCAUUGAGCCGCUCUUUGUGUUCCUGAUUGUUUACUUGGCCCAUCUCACAGCUGAAAUGAUUUCACUCUCCUCCAUCUUGGCUGUCACCUUCUGCGGCCUGUGUUGCAAAAAGUACGUGGAAGCUAACAUUUCACAGAAGUCACGCACGACUGUAAAAUAUACAAUGAAGACAUUAGCCAGCAGCUCAGAAACAAUUAUUUUCAUGCUGCUGGGAAUCUCUGCUGUGGACACAUCGAAAUGGACCUGGGACACGAGUCUUGUUCUCUUCACACUUCUUUUCACAUUUGUCUUCAGGGCAAUAGGUGUAAUCCUGCAGAGCUGGGUAGUAAAUCAUUUCCGGCUUGUUCCGUUGGACAGAAUUGACCAGGUUGUUAUGACGUAUGGUGGCUUAAGAGGUGCAGUGGCUUUUGCAUUGGUUAUUCUUCUCAAUGGUCAGGUUAUCAAGGCAAAGGACUAUUUUGUUGCAACAACGAUCACUGUUAUAUUUUUCACAGUGAUUGUUCAGGGGUUGACGAUCAAACCUCUUAUUAAAUGGCUGAAGGUAAAGCGUAGCGAUCAUCACAAGCCAACGUUGAAUGAAGAGUUACAUGAACGUGCUUUUGACCAUAUUCUGGCAGCUGUAGAAGACAUUGUAGGUCACCAUGGUUACCAUUAUUGGAGAGAUAAAUGGGAACAGUUUGACAAGAAGUACUUGAGGCAAAUGUUGAUGCGGAAGUCGGCCUACAGGAUCAAGGAUGAUAUUUGGGACGUUUACCACAAGCUGAAUAUACGUGAUGCCAUCAGCUUUGCUGACCAGGGAGGUCACAUGACAUCAGGAAAAUUCUCAUUUGCAUCAAUACCAAGUCGAACAUCAUUCUCUGAAACAUCUGUAACAAACCUCCUGAGAGAAAGCGGUAGUGCAGUUUGUCUAGACUUGCAAGUAAUUGACACAGUGAGGAGUGGCAGAGAUCGGGAAGACACAGUGAUGCACCAUGUCUUAAGAGAGAACCUGUACAAACCAAGGAGAAGGUACCAGGGAAAUUACAGUCGGCACUUCAUUGCUCAAGGCGAACAAGAAAGGCAAGAAAGGGAAGUUUUCCAACGAAACAUGAGAAGUCGUCUUGAGUCAUUCAAAUCCACCAAACAUAAUGUCUACCCUUCAAAGAACAAAUGCAGACAUAAAAAGGAGUACAAAUGUCAGAAAAAGAGAAAUGUCGAAGGUGCAAAUGGCCAAGUACCUAAUGAUAAGUUGCGGAGAAACGUCAGCUGGCACGAUACAAUUCCAGUUUUUGUAGAAGUUGACUCUGAAGAUGAGGAAAAGGAUGACCCUGUGAAGAUAAAUGAGCAGGAGGAUGACGAGGGCAUCACCUUCAUGGCAUGUACAGGGGAUUCGAAUUUACCAGAAAGAAAAAUCUCAGGUAAUUCUGAAUAUCUUCAAAGCCCAAGCAUUAUCCCACUAUCUCCUACUUCUGCUGAGAAGGAGCUUCCCUGGAAAGGUGACACAAGUAAUCUGUCGGCCUGUGUCUCUGUGGAAACUACCAAGAUUGUGCCAGUCGACUUGCAGAAUGCCUGGGAUCACAGCAUAUCAUCGCUUGAGAGCCUAGUCUCUCCCACUAUGUCUGAUGUAGUGUUUCAGCCAAGGACCUUGAACUUCAUGCUGGAGGCGCAGUCGGCCUCUGCCGCCCUGCCACGGCAUCACGUCCAUUUCCAGUUUCCUGAUGUUUGUACAGCUGGUGAAAGGCAUGUUGAUGAGGAUACCGUUGAGUUUAUUCAGCAGCAGGAGCUGCAGCCACUUAUGCUCACUGAAGAUGAUAGUAGACCAGCUCCGUCAGCUGGGUUUGUAAGUACCAGAUGGUCUGCUCCAUUCAACAGGCCUUCCUGUGUCUCAGCACUGAAAUCUUUGGUUACCUCGACACAAUACAUCACUAAACAAUCUGAGAAGUCUGGUAAUAAACAGACAGAACUUUAAUUUCAUUUCAAGCUAGAAAGAUGAAUGUAAAAGGACUGUGGCACUUUAGUUUCACAAACCAUUGAGCAUGUGCUUUGAAAUACUGGAGAAUCUUAAGCCAUUUUGAGGCUUGAAACUCUGUGAAAUUAUUAGCAAACAAGUAUAUAUUUGUAUUAUAUGUAUGUGAUUAGUUUCUAAUACUUUUAUGGACAUGGAAGCAUUUGAUCUUCAGAUUUGAAUGCUGCAGACAUUUUCUUGAUGUGGUUACACAGAAUGCAAAUUAGUUUCCAGUUCAAUGGAUCCAUUUCUGGGUGGGGAGGGUGAAGAGAUCGCAAGACAUCUGCUUCAAGCAGAUGGAAUUAUAUGAAAUAACAGUCAAGGAUUGAGACAAACCAGAAAGGGUUGCUGAAUGAUCAACAAGGGAUGUCAGAGAUUAUCGUCUUCCUGAUCAAACCUAGUUAUAGGGAGACUGAUUUGAUCCUUUUAAUUGGUUGGGAUCCUUUUAUAUAAAGUCACAAUAAAAGUGAGGAGAUGGUGUAACUAAGCAUGUAGUUAUCCUUCCAUGGGCUUGUUACUCUCCUUUUGGCAAUGGGCAGUUUGGAAAGUAAAUUGAGUCUACACCAGAAGAAGGUAUUGUCUCCUUUGAAUACAAUGGAGCUCCUUAGGCGAGAAUCCACUCUUGUAAACAGAGCACAGGGUAAUCCUGGAGCUCUAUUAUAUAAUGAGAGAUUGUAUUUGUUACAGAGAAAGAAAUCUGUUAACAGUAGAAAAGUAGCAUUGAAGUGGUUUGGUGCCCAAAAAUGGCAAAAUGAAUACAUUCCAGAGAAAUGUGAUGCAUUUUGAUGGGGCAAGAGGGUGCAUCAUAAAUGAUUGAAUCCAUAGCAAGAUAGUCAUGCAUAAACACAUAACUUUUUCUUUUACUUGUACAGAUGUUGCAUGACUUUCAAUAUUUAUUGCACUAAUGUUUUUUUAAAGAUUUCCAGCAUCGUUAGUAUUUUGCUUCAGAGUAUAGCCAUUCCUUGAUUUAUAAAAUGGGCAUUUUAAUACUUCCUAUGGGUGGAGAGUUCUGUGCCAAUUGUUAUUACAAAUCAUUGGUUUAGAAGUUGAAGAUAUGUACCUCAAA